AUGUCUGAUAAGACCCACGUGAGUUUUCCAGCCGAUCUUUCGCGACAACCCUUGACAUUUUGAAGGUUGUCUUUUUUUGGAAAAAUUUUUCUACAACAUUGGUGGCAACUGUCUCUUAUUUCAGCGAGAUAUUCCAUUUUUACUAUUGAUUCAGUCGGUUUUAUCGUUCGCUUUCAUUUUCUGGACCAGAAAACAGGAUGCUUUGCCGGUUGAUGUUAAAAUCAUAGAGAUUGGCUUGUUGGUAUCGGUGCAAACAACGCUGCUGGCGUUGUUUGGGUGCUACAGAAAAAAGUGGAUUUUGUUUGUGCCUUUUCUGAUAUGUCAUGUAAGUUGCUUUUAUCGUCAUGCAGAACUCGUAAUUAAGACUGCCGCUCUAUGUUUGGUGACCGGCUUUUCUCUUCUUCUGAUUGCACAAUUGGCGGUUCGAUUGUUUCUUCGAGGACAGGAGAACACUGCUCACGAUCAGACUAUCAUAGAAUACGAUGAGAAUUCGCACUAUUCCGAAGUCUUGUAUUCAUUAGGACUGAUAUUGGUGACAGUUUUAACAGUUGUGGUUGCUGUUGGAGAUAACAUUUGGAAGUGCUACAAGUACACUGUUGAACUGCGAAUCAACGAUAAGAUUAACAUUCCUGCCAUGAGAGAAAGAAAUAAAAAUUAUUGA